AUGGCCUUGUGGGGAGCCUGUUUGUGUGGGAAGCCGGGAAGGGCUGAGAAGCAGGCGGUGGCUUCGCCCUCAGGCCCAGGGAGGCGGAGUAUAAAUGUAAACAACGUUGAGCCAGAGGUCUCUGCUGAGGAGGCAGAAGAAAUAAAACAGCAAAUUGCAGAAGAUCUAUUCUGCGCUGACGUCCAGGUGCAAACUUCCUAUGUCGAAAUACCACCAGGAGAUAAGUGGCGUUGGUCGCGAUUACAAACAGAAGCCCAGGUGCAAACCUCAAAUCUUGAACUACCAGGCGAAGAGACUUUCCUCCCGUUUGAAAGUGAGGCCCAGGUACAAACCUCAGAUCUUGAAAUAUCAGAGGAGGAGACUUCAUUCCCAUCACAAAUGGAGGCCCAGGUGCAAACAUCAUAUAUUGAAGUACUAGAUACGGAGACUUUAUUCCCCAUAGAAAGUGAGCCCCUGGAGCAGACCCCCGAUCUUGACUUUCAAGACAUGCAGGUGAAGAAUUUAUUCCCAUUAUUUGUUGAAGUUGAAGUGCAAACCUCAUAUGUAGACAUACCAGCAGGGAAUAAGUGGCGUUCGACACGACUACAAGCCGAGGCCGAAGUGCAAACCUCAAGUCAUGAAUUAUUAAAGACACUUUCUUCCCUCUCACAAAAGGAAGCCCAGGUGCAAACCUCCAAAAUUUCAAUAACAGGAACAGAGGAAGUGCCUCUUUCCCCAUCACAAAUCGAGGCCCAGGUGCAAACCUCCAAACUUUCAAUAACAGAAACAGAGGAAGUGCCUCUUUCCCCAUCACAAAUUGAGGCCCAGGUGCAAACCUCCAAACUUUCAAUAACAGGAAUAGAGGAAGUGCCUCUUUUCCCAUCACAAACCGAGGUCCAGGUGCAAACUUCAAAACUUGCAUUAACAGAAGCGGAAGAGGAGACGGCCCCAUUCCUGGUAGAAGAAAAGCCUGUCCCCACAACCCAAAGUGAAGCUGCUGUGCAAACCUCAUAUAUGGACAUACCAGCAGGGAAUAAGUGGCGUUCGUCACGGCUACAAACUGAGGCCCAGGUGCAAACUUCAAGCAUUGAGUUACUGAAGAAGCUUUCUUCCCCCUCACUAACUGAGGCCCAGGUGCAAACGUCAAAACUUGCAGUAACAGAAGCAGAGGACGUGCCUCUUUCCCCCUCACUAACCGAGGCCCAGGUGCAAACCUCCAAACUUGCAGUAACAGAAGCAGAGGAGGAGGAGGAGGCCCCAUUCCCAAUAGAAGAAAAGUCUCUCACCAAACCUGUAGCUGAUGCUGCUGUGCAAACCUCAUAUGUAGACAUACCAGUAGGGAAUAAAUGGCGUUCGUCACGGUUACAAGCUGAGGCCCAGGUGCAAACCUCAAGCAUUGAGUUACUGAAGAAGUUUUCUUCCCUCUUACUAACCGAGGCCCAGGUGCAAACGUCAAGUAUUGAGUUAUUGAAGAAGCUUUCUUCCCCAUCAUUAACCGAGGCCCAGGUGCAAACCUCCAAACUUGCAGUAACAGAAGCAGAGGACGUGCCUCUUUCCCCCUCACUAACCGAGGCCCAGGUGCAAACCUCCAAACUUGCAGUAACAGAAGCAGAGGAGGAGGAGGAGGCCCCAUUCCCAAUAGAAGAAAAGUCUCUCACCAAACCUGUAGCUGAUGCUGCUGUGCAAACCUCAUAUGUAGACAUACCAGUAGGGAAUAAAUGGCGUUCGUCACGGUUACAAGCUGAGGCCCAGGUGCAAACCUCAAGCAUUGAGUUACUGAAGAAGUUUUCUUCCCUCUUACUAACCGAGGCCCAGGUGCAAACGUCAAGUAUUGAGUUAUUGAAGAAGCUUUCUUCCCCAUCAUUAACCGAGGCCCAGGUGCAAACCUCCAAACUUGCAGUAACAGAAGCAGAGGAAGUGCCUCUUUCCCCAUCACAAAUUGAGGCCCAGGUGCAAACUUCAAAACUUGCAUUAACAGAAGCGGAAGAGGAGACGGCCCCAUUCCUGGUAGAAGAAAAGCCUGUCCCCACAACCCAAAGUGAAGUUGCUGUGCAAACCUCAUAUGUAGAUAUACCAGUAGGGAAUAAAUGGCGUUCGUCACGGUUACAAGCUGAGGCCCAGGUGCAAACCUCAAGCAUUGAGUUACUGAAGAAGUUUUCUUCCCUCUUACUGACCGAGGCCCAGGUGCAAACGUCAAGUAUUGAGUUAUUGAAGAAGCUUUCUUCUCCAUCAUUAACCGAGGCCCAGGUGCAAACCUCCAAACUUGCAGUAACAGAAGCAGAGGACGUGCCUCUUUCCCCCUCACUGACUGAGGCCCAGGUGCAAACCUCCAAACUUGCAGUAACAGAAGCAGAGGAAGUGCCUCUUUCCCCCUCACUGAUUGAGGCCCAGGUGCAAACCUCCAAACUUGCAGUAACAGAAGCAGAGGAGGAGGAGGAGGCCCCAUUCCCAAUAGAAGAAAAGUCUCUCACCAAACCUGUAGCUGAUGCUGCUGUGCAAACCUCAUAUGUAGACAUACCAGUAGGGAAUAAGUGGCGUUCGUCACGGUUACAAGCUGAGGCCCAGGUGCAAACCUCAAGCAUUGAGUUACUGAAGAAGUUUUCUUCCCUCUUACUGACCGAGGCCCAGGUGCAAACGUCAAGUAUUGAGUUAUUGAAGAAGCUUUCUUCUCCAUCAUUAACCGAGGCCCAGGUGCAAACCUCCAAACUUGCAGUAACAGAAGCAGAGGACGUGCCUCUUUCCCCCUCACUGACUGAGGCCCAGGUGCAAACCUCCAAACUUGCAGUAACAGAAGCAGAGGAAGUGCCUCUUUCCCCCUCACUGACUGAGGCCCAGGUGCAAACCUCCAAACUUGCAGUAACAGAAGCAGAGGAGGAGGAGGAGGCCCCAUUCCCAAUAGAAGAAAAGUCUCUCACCAAACCUGUAGCUGAUGCUGCUGUGCAAACCUCAUAUGUAGACAUACCAGUAGGGAAUAAAUGGCGUUCGUCACGGUUACAAGCUGAGGCCCAGGUGCAAACCUCAAGCAUUGAGUUACUGAAGAAGUUUUCUUCCCUCUUACUGACCGAGGCCCAGGUACAAACGUCAAGUAUUGCGUUAUUGAAGAAGCUUUCUUCCCCAUCAUUAACCGAGGCCCAGGUGCAAACCUCCAAACUUGCAGUAACAGAAGCAGAGGACGUGCCUCUUUCCCCCUCACUGACUGAGGCCCAGGUGCAAACCUCCAAACUUGCAGUAACAGAAGCAGAGGAAGUGCCUCUUUCCCCCUCACUGACUGAGGCCCAGGUGCAAACCUCCAAACUUGCAGUAACAGAAGCAGAGACGGCCUUUCCUUCCCCAUCACAAACUGAGGUUCACAUCCAGUCUUCAUAUUUUGAAGUACCAGAGUUGCAGGAUGAGAUGCCCGCUACCCCAAUCAAAGAGAAGCCCCUCCCAUUAACACUGACGGAGGCCCAGGUGCAAACUUCAUAUGUAGACAUACCAGCAGGGAACAAGUGGCAUUCGUCACGACUACAAGUUGAGGCCCAGGUGCAAACCUCCAGGCUUGAAUUGCCAGAGGCAAAGGAGAAGGCUCCUUCCCUGUCCCAAACACAGGCUGAGAUGCAAACCACGAGGGUUGAAAUAACAGAAGAGAAAGCAGUGCCUCCGACUCCCCCAGAUGUUAAAAUAUUAGCAGAGGAGACGUUGAAGGAGGAGGUAGAGCUGAAGCUUCCACACCCUGAAUAUGCCGAGGCCCAGGUGCAGACCUCGCGUGUUGAAAUACCUGUGGGGAAGAAGUGGCGUUCGUCCCGUUUAUGUACCGAGGCCCAGGUACAAACUUCAUAUCAAGAACUCCCAGUUGUGAAGAGCAAGACUUUGCCCCCACAAGGAACUGGGAUGGCAAAGAAGGUCACUGAGCGUGCAGCAUCAAAGAAACUAACAAAAACCUCGACACGAGCAACACCGAUAUCUGUGCACUUACAUGUAAAGAUGACUCCACGACGCCGGAAUGGGAAUAAAAAGAACUAGUAAAAACUUGAAUUUAAACAAAUAAAACCUUGUAAAAUAACAAACUUAACCUGUGAGAUUUUUCUGGAGAUGGUAUCUCACAGUUUGAAGGCACAGGGCCAUGUCCCCAUCUAGUGUAUAUCUAGCUUCACUGAAGUAAUUGGAGUUAUGGAGAUAUACACCAGCUGCAGAUCGGACCUGUAAUUUCUUACUUCCUCAUUUUAUAAUCUUUGUUAUAGUUAGUUGUUUGGCAUGGUAAACUCCAGUUUUGGUCCUGUCCCCAUCCUUGCUAAUUUGCAUUUUGGUAGAUUGCACACUGUGUAAUUCACACACAAAACUGUGUUGCUACACAACAUUCUAGUAAAAUUUGGGAUUUAGUGCUCAAGUGAGGUCUCAUGCUGUAAACCAGGCAAAACUCCGUCAGUACAAAUCACAGCUUUCCUUGUCUACACUACGAGUUUGGACCAGUUCAGCUACAUCAUUGGCUGGGCAUCAGUUGUUGCAGUUGGGACAAAUUUCCAGUGGAUACUACUUCUGCCAUAAUGAAAGCUCCCAUAGGUCACCCGUGGGAACCAUAACUCUGAAUUUCAUAACUGUUAUGUGACUAAAUCUCAACCUUGAAGAACCAGUGGCCACCAAAGCAGGCAAACCAAAGCCCGGAUCUUGCGACUGCAUCUGUGCUUGCAGGCUCCAAAGCAGGAAUCUGCUUAAGAGGAACCAGUUGCCGGAUUAGGACCGAAGAAAUCUGCCUUCUGGUAUAUGUGUGUAUCUGUCACCAUACAGGUUUGGAAAACCCACUCUUCUGGAGCAUGUCUGUUCGUCGUUAGGAGUACUGGUCAAGUGGCUAUUCCAUAUCACUGAGAGACUGAGAAAGUGAUUGAGAGUGAAAAUUUUAUUCCUAUCCAGUCACCAAAC